AUGCAGAGUAGUCCUCUUCGAUCUCUUUUUGUUGGUGAAACCAGUGAAAUAGGAGUCGGAGCAUCAGUCGCAAUGUUGAGUUCCAAGGAAGGUCCCGAGGCCGGUGUUGGUGUCAGUGAGAGAUGCGUCGGUACCGGAGCCGGCGUAGGGAGGCGACUCUUCCAUUCUUCGCGACGCUGCUGUGGUUUGGCCCAUCUUUGCGAAGUGGUGGUUGUGUUGACAGUGGUGACUGGUGGUGACGAUGGUAUGCAGUGGUGGUGGAUGAAGUAUGUUGCUGGAAUUCAAUUGGCUUGUAUGAUGGGUUUUGGCUCAGAACCAGCAUUAGUUUUUUCCAUAGCUUAUCACUUGGACCUCCUUAGAGAAAAUGGUCAUUUUCCUUGUAAAGACAAUGUUGAGGAAAAUAUAAAUUACAUACCCGGAGUUUCUUCAAUGAAUACAAGGGACUUGAUGUCAUUCCUUAAAGAAUCUGAGAUAAAAAGGAUUAUACAGAAGAUUGUGAUCAAGACAUUUGAUGACGAAGUUCAGAAAGCAUAUUUUAUCCUACUAAGCACUAUUCAAGAACUAGAAUUUGAGGCAAUAUCAGCUCUACACCAAAAGCAGCCAACUGGCCCUAUAAAUUUUUCGACUGAUUCCACCAAACCAGUCAUUUCUCAGAAUUUAUGGCCUCAAACAGACACGAAAGCAUGGCUGGACUCAAAGCCUCCCAGUUCGGUUUUGUACUUGUUGUUCGGUAGCUUUGUUCAGACUAAUACUGAUGUUUUGCCAGUUGAAUUCACGGACAAAAUCAGAGAUCAGGGGUUGGUCGUUCAAUGGUGCAAUCAAAAUAUGGUGCUUUCACAUCUGUCCAUUAGAGGGUUUUUGACGCAUUGCGGAUGGAAUUCCGUAUUGGAAAGCAUAUGGUGUGGUGUACCUAUGAUUUGUUAUCCAUUACGAAAUGAUCAACCUACUAAUAGGAAAUUAGUGGUUGAUGAUUGGAAGAUUGGAAUUAAUCUUUGUGACAGAGAAUCAGUUACCAAGGAAGAAGUUGCAGAGAAGAUUGACAAUUUGAUGAAUGAUACAGUUUUGGAUGGAUUAAAGAUGGAGAUCACAUUUAAUUAA